CCGAAUGUUUAUCAGAAGAGGAAGUCUGGGUUAAGCAGCAGCGGGGCGAGGAACAGAGCAGCGAAAGCGGAGAGAGACACGCAAAUAAAACAGAGAUCGGGCACAACACGGAUCCGUGGACAAUCUCUGGGCUCCGAUGAGUAAUUUCAUCUUCUCCUGCCUGGGAAUCUUCGCCUUCCUGCUGCAGGUUUGCGGUGGCGAAGGUUCACAACGAUGCGAGGGGUUCGGUAAAGACUCCUACGUGUUCGAGGUGGCGUCUCUGGCGGUGGGUCAAGUACUUGGCAGAGUUCACUUCAAUUGCAGUGAACAGAAUGGCCUGGAAUUCCAAACAGAUAAUCCCUCUUUCGACGUGGAAUCUGAUGGAAGGGUUCUUGUUAGUGACAUUCCACCAACAAACCAAACCAGCUUUACCAUCGUUGCAUUUAACAAGGCAGAAGAUACAUGGAAAACAGCUGUUACUGUCCUAAUAAAUGGUGUAAAGGUGCAAGGUUCUGCAGGGGACAAGUCAGAUGUGCCAGUGUUCAUGUUCCCUUCACGGUUUUCUCAUUCUGCGUUGAGACGAAGGAAGCGAGAUUGGGUGAUUCCAGUUACCAAGCAUCCAGAAAAUCAGAGAGGCCCUUUCCCAAAGGAUCUUGUACAGAUCAAGUCCGAUCGGCAAAGAGAAACGAAAGUAUAUUACUCUAUAAAAGGCCCAGGAGCUGAUCAGCCACCUAUCGGUGUUUUUACUAUAAACAAAAACGACGGUAAAAUUGUUGUGCAUAAACCUUUAGACAGAGAAGAAAGAGACAAAUACAGGCUGACAGCUCAUGCACUUGAUGAAAAUGGGGUUGAGGUUGAAGAAGCAGUGGAAGUUGUCAUCGAAGUCAUUGAUAUGAAUGAUAAUAGGCCACAAUUUAUUCUUCCAACUUUCUAUGGCAAGGUGGUAGAAGGAGCUAGACCAGGUACGGCAUUCAUGAAUGUGACAGCCACAGAUGCAGAUGAGGAAGAUAAUGCUAAUUCUAUAAUCAAAUACUCCAUUGAGAGUCAAAAUCCAGUCACUCCUGAUUCACAGAUGUUUACAAUCAGUUCAACAAGUGGACUGAUCAGUGUGCUGCGUCCAGGUCUGGACCGGGAGACAGUGGAUAAAUACACACUUAUUGUUCGGGCAGCAGAUAUGGAAGGUGAAGGAAUGUUGACCAGUGCCACAGUAAUAAUCACAGUCGUCGACGCAAAUGAUAAUGCCCCACAAUUUGAGACUCCAUCGGUUACUGUCGAAGCUCCUGAAAAUGAAGUGGAUUAUGAUGUGUCGAGACACAGUGUAACUGAUGCUGACCUGAUUUACACACCGGCCUGGAAAGCGAAUUUCAGUAUAACCUUUGGAAAUGAGAGAAAACAGUUUACAAUUUUUACUGACCCACAGAAUAAUGGAGUCCUUAGAAUUGUGAAGCCUUUGGAUUUUGAGAAGAACAAACAACAUGUGGUGAUAAUUGAAGUAAAGAAUGAGAUACCAUUUGUCGAUACCAUGCCACUGUCUUCAGCUACAGUAACCAUCAACGUGCUUGAUGUCAACGAAGCUCCAAUAUUUCAUCCAGAAACCAAGAAAGAGAAGCAGCCUGAGAAUCUACCAGUUGGGAGUACAGUAACUACAUGUAAGGCAAAGGACCCUGACACUGCUCAGGAGCAAACUGUCAGCUACCGGAUGGGAAGUGACCCAGCACACUGGUUUGAAAUUGAGCCGGAGACUGGCAUCGUUAAACUCAUCAACCCUAUGGAUAGAGAGUCAGAAUUUGUUAAAGACAGCAUUUAUACUGCAAUGGUCCUUGCUUCUGAUAAUGGGAGUCCACCUGCCACUGGUACUGGGACCAUUCUUCUGCAGCUUGAAGAUAUCAAUGAUAAUCCGCCCAUUGCUACUUCACUUUUGAAACGUGUGUGCAAUGAAGAUCCUGUCCCUGUGAAUGUGACCAUUGUAGACAAAGACAUCCCACCCAACACUUCUCCUUUUGUGGUUACACUGGUUCAUGGAGCGAAUAGAAACUGGACAAUUGAAUCAACAGAGAAUCCUCACGUGAAGCUGUUGAAGCUGAGGAAUAAAAUUGAACCUAAUACGUAUGAGGUCCCUCUCAGAAUAACAGAUAGUGGGACACCACAACUCAGUCAGGUUACAGGAUUGCAAGUGGAAGUGUGCGACUGUGAUAAUGGUGCUUGUAGCCAGAGGAUUGCUGGUGCCGCCUUUGGCUUCCCUGGCAUUUUGGCUAUUCUGGGUGCUAUCUUGGCUUUGCUGAUUUUGGUCCUCCUGCUCCUACUUUUCAUAAGAAAGAAGCGAAGUGUCAAAAAGGAGCCAUUAUUGCCUGAAGAGGACAUUCGGGAUAAUGUUUACCAUUAUGAUGAAGAGGGUGGUGGUGAAGAAGACCAGGAUUAUGAUCUCAGUCAACUGCACCGGGGCCUGGAUGCCAGACCUGAAGUUGUACGUAAUGAUGUGGCUCCUGUACUCUUAGCACCACAAUAUCGACCACGCCCUGCAAACCCAGAUGAGAUCGGCAACUUUAUCGAUGAGAACCUGAAGACUGCUGACAAUGAUCCCACUGCUCCCCCCUAUGACUCCCUCUUGGUGUUUGAUUAUGAAGGUGGUGGUUCAGAGGCAGAAUCUUUAAGUUCAGUGAAUUCAUCCAACAACUCUGAUGCAGACCAGGACUACAACCACUUGAACGAUUGGGGCCCACGCUUCCGGAAACUUGCUGAAAUGUACGGCGAUGGCGAGGACUGAGGAGUUGACAAUAAACAGAUUUUAGAGACUUGUGUUUUUAACCACCUAAUGAUUGAAAAUGUGAGUGACAAACUGAGUGUAUGGCAGUAUUAGGUGACAAGUUGAAUUGAAAUUACAUUCCAGUUGAUCCGGCAUUUGAACUUGAAGUUACUAAAUCGUUUGGAUGAAAAACAAGGUUUUCCUGAGCUAAUUGCAAUAAAUCAUUGCUCAGAGCUUUAUUUUCAUUUAUCCAUGACUUGCCUUUUCAAUUUUCCAAAGUUUAAUUGAGCCAAAGUUUAUUUAGUUUUAUAUUUUUUCUUACUAGGCUCUUGUUGCAAUAUUCUACUACUCAAGUAACCGUUGCCUGUAGCCCUUGAGUAAAAUUGGGAAUGUUAGUGAAGUUAAGGUUUAAGUAUGCAAUGUUUUAUAAGGUAGUAUUGCUUUUGAAUAAUUGAAAAUUUCAGAGUUUAAUAUGUAAUGCUUUUAAAGGCAUUAAAGUAAUCAAAAUUCUCACAGCUACUAGCCAAAAAUUGCUUUACAUUGACAAUGUACCAAUUCUCAGGAAAUACUUAUUUGGGAGCUCUUAUGGAAAAUCCAAUUUAAAAAAUAGGAUUAUCUCCCUGUCUAUGUACUACUGACUGAGCAAAUAAAAUAUUUUUGUUAUUUGCUAUAUGCUUGAAACUUGGUUUUAUGAUUGGCAGAUAUAUUUUAAAUACAUAACAGGAUCCUUGCAUCUCAUGAAAUUAACUGUUAUAUAAAUUUAUAUUGAUUGUAAAUCAUUGCAGUGGUUAUGGUUUUUUUGUAGCAUGUUCUGAAUUUGUCACUGAAAAUGACUUUGUCAGAGAACCUAAAGUGGGGAUUUCUGAAUCCACUUACAUCUUUGUUCCACUGUAAUAUAAUGGUGGAGGUAAAAAGAAAAUCAGUAGAAUUGGAUAACGGUCUGUGGACAAAGUUUUCUAAAACUAGAAAUUAAUUCAUGAUGUUGUCAAUCACAAUACGUAUAUCAUCUUUCACGACCCUUCUCAUUCCAUCCCACACAUCCCAAAAUGCCAGGAAUUCACACCUGAAUUGUUCAAUACAUGCAAAGAGUUGGUAAGGAAAAUAAAUAGACUUGCAUCAUAACAGAAAUACAAACAUUUGACACUUUCUGUGCUCCUUUCAUUUCUCCAUUUCUCUUCCACUCACAUGUCUGGGUAAUCUGGAUUUGGGCUCAUGUACCUGUAGUUGUCACUGUGUGUGAAAUGUGGUGUCUGGUUGACAACAUUCAUGAAAGAGCUUAAUAUCAUAGUUUAGCACUGUCUUAAGUUACAAAAGGCUUUUCCCUACUGCAACAUUUUAUAAUUGCUAACUUGUCUUUAGUUGAACAGAAAAUGUUUGAUUUCAUUUGAAAUGCAGACAUUUAAAUUAUAUUGAAUGAAGGCUAGUUGCACUUUCCUGGUGAUGGGGUUGUGUCAGUAAUGGCAGUCUAUGUUUCCAUUUUUAAAAUUUGAUAACCAAUGCAGUGCCUAUUUUUAUGCAUUUCAAGUUGCCUGUAAAUUAUCUAAUUCUGAUUUUUUUAUAUUAGUUUCAUAUUUGGCUGUUGAAAUUUAAUUGAGCUUUCACUGUUUAAAUGUAUGUGCUUUAAUAAAUGUUUUUAGCAAUAAUGUUUGUCCCUGA